UAAUUGUAAACCAAAUUAAAAAGCUUUUAUUCCAACAAAUGACCUAAAAGUCAAAAGUCCAUACGAAAAAAUCCUAUAUAAAGAAAUAACAAAUUGGAAAAUAAACAACAUUAUUUGGGAAUACUACGACGAGUCCAACGAGCACCAGUUCUAAAAUAUUUAAAAAAUAAAUUAAAAUGUUUCAAAAACAAGUUUUAAGUUUAUUAUUGGCGGCUGCUGUUAUUAAUGUGGCAUUGGCUUGUAAUGGCUACAAGGCCCGUAUAAUAAAAGCCGAAAAUUGUGCCGGUCCUGAUGCUGUUAUAACCAUCGAAGAUGGUUUCUCAGUGAAAUUAAAUAAAAAAUGUGAAAUUGUACCCACUGGCUGUGUAAUCAAUAAAGCCUUCACCACCGCUUCCUCUAAAUACAAGGUCGUCAAAGAUGGUGUAUUACUGAAAGAGGGUAAACUUGAUAUGUGUUCUAUGGCUGAUCAUGCUACCGGAGAAGUUAAAGAAUAUCUGAAAUUAUUUGGUGCUCCUGCUUCAUGUCCCGUUGAGGAUGGCAAAGUUUGUGCCAACGAUCACACAGUUGAUCUAUCCAAAUACAAAGCACUCUUGAGUAUGGCACGUGGCAACAUUGUUAUCGAUUCAGAUAUUGAACAUGACACCGGUAAAUCGUGCUUCCAUGUUGAAUUGGAAAUUACUAAGGGUUAGACGAAAUAUCCAUUUAAUAAAUAGAACAGUUUAUUUCUUUUAAAAUUUA